GGUGCUGGUUCCACCCCCAGGUGCAGGUUCCACCCCCAGGUGCUGGUUCCACCCCCAGGUGCUGGUUCCACCCCCAGGUGCAGGUUCCAGCAGAAAACCAGGAGGAAGGAGGUUCAGUCAGCAGGAGACGAGCGGCUGCAGCGGUUCUGGAUCCAACAUGUCCGGGGGAAACGCUCAGGGGUUCAUGGGAGACGAGAGGAGGAUUGUUCUGGUAGGGAAGACCGGCGUGGGGAAGAGCGCAGCAGGAAACACCAUCCUGGGCUGGGAAGCCUUCGAGUCGAAGCUGUCUCCGACCUCCCUGACGACCGACUGUCACAAGGCCAAAGGGUGGGUGGAUGGCAGUCGGGUGGCCGUCAUCGACACUCCGUCGCUUUUCGACACAAACCUCAGCCAGGAGGAAGUGCAGAGCAAGAUUAACGGGUGCAUUUCCCUGUCGGCUCCGGGUCCUCACGCCUUCCUGGUGGUCCUGAAGCUGGGCCGGUUCACCCAGGAGGAGAAAGACACCGUCCGGAUGAUCCAGACCACGUUUGGGGAGGAAGCAGCCAGAUACACGAUGGUGCUGUUCACACACGGAGACCAGCUGGAGGAGGACGAAACCAUCGAAGGCUUCAUCUCCAAGGAUCCCGACCUGAAGGCCUUCAUUCAGAGUUGCUCCAACAGAUACCACGUCUUCAACAACGAUGUUAAAGACCUCGAGCAACCCAGCCAACUGCUGGACAAAAUCGACUGGAUGACGACGGCCAACGAUGGAAGCUUCUACAGCAACGACAUGUUCAUGAGGGCGGAGGCCGCCAUCGAGAAGGAGAAGGAGCGACUCCUGAAGGAGAUGGAGGAGGAGAGGCAGAGGGAGCUGCAGGAGCUCAGGGAGAAAUACUCGGAGGAAAUGUACCACCGGGCGGAGGCCGAGGUGAACCAGAGGUACGAGGAACAAGCCCGGAGUGACGCAGAGAGGUGCAACGACUUCAUCACCUCGUUGACCACGGGCUACGGCGCCGCCAUCGGAGCUGCCCUGGGCCUCCUAGCAAGUGCGAUUGGGGGGAUGACCAUGCGAGUCUGGGAACGCUGCACUAUGCAGUGAAGACAACACGACUUU